AUGGAGACAUUGUUCCAGUAUGAGGCCCAUCUGGCCGAGACGUUUCAGGACCCUAUGGUUAUCGAUAUCGGCAACGCUGAUGAUGAUACCUUCGACAACGCCAGAUCAUACGGGGUCAGCGACGACCCGGGAGACUCGAACAACAGCCAUGCCGAUCAAGUCACAACGGAUGCUGUCACAAAUGAUGCUGAUGCUGGCUUGGCCGAGAAGACCACAGCGCGUGCUGAUGUCGGCUCUUCAGAGCCACGCACGAAGAGAUCCAAAGGACCCCCUGCUGCCCAGUGGGAAAUACACCGUGAUCUCAUCAAAGAGCUAUACCGGGAUCGAGAACUCAAGCUCGAAGAUGUGCAGAAGAUCAUGAAGGACCAACAUGGGUUUGAUGCUACAAUACAAAUGUACAAGAAGCGUUUGAAAGACUGGAACGUCCGCAAGAAUUACACACAGGAGCAGAAGCUUGAAGUUCUCUCAACCAUGCAACACCAAGCCUCGCCUAUGUCAUUCGCCAUCAAUGGGAAGCCAUUGAAGAGAUCCCGACUACGGCGUCCUGUUCGGCGGAAUGGAAUGCGCAUGGCUCUCGCCCCGAAUUUGAGAGCAUCCACGCCGGCCCACAUUGGUCCCCAGCUGUUUUCAGCGACAAGCCAGCCACAGCAACCACUGCAAGCUCAGGAUGGUCGAGGUAGAAGAGGGGAUUCGAGACUCGAUUUGAGAUCCAAGACGCCACUCCAACGGCUACAGUUCCAGCAAUCCCCAGAAACCUGGAAGGUCGAGAUCAUCCUUCGCCAUGUCAAACAAUACGACGACCAGGAGCUCGACCUAAACAUAGGCUUGUUAGAAAAUAUGCUCGGCCCUCUUUGCUCAAGCCAGAAUUUACUUUCAACAGAUAAGCGAUGGGCGUUCACAUUGUUGAACCAAGCCUGCGCAGCCGCUCCCGAAGUUUUCAAGGCUCAGCCGUUCAUGUUACUGGAACAGAUGAUUGCUGUAUUUUCUCAGACCGGAUGGCGGGGGUACCAUGAAGUGAAGCGGCUAGUAAUGAGACAUUUUGCAGCAAUUGCAAAGCAAACUCAUGGAGAAAAUCACCCAAUUGCAUUGAUUUUGAAGAUUUCUUGCACUGACCAGAUCGUUGACAGUAUGCUUCCCAAAAUUGGCCAGCUUGUGGCUGACGUUACAAGUACGAAGCUUCGAAACUUGAGCGAGGAGUGGCUAGUGCACCAGGGCUGGGUGGCCCAACAGUGUCUGGGCUGGGGGGACCUGGAAGCAGCACAAACGAUCAUUAGUCGCAUCCUGGUCACCACAGAACAGCGAUUCGGACGGCAGCACUGGUUAUAUAUGUGGGCCAUGUCCCAAACGGGGAUAAAUCUAUACCUCCAGGGUCGACGGGAGGAAGCAGAGCAACAUUACCUCGCUGUGGUGGGGGAAUUCUCGGAACAAGCAAGCAGACAUAAAGUGAGUCUUCAGGCGAGGUCUUAUAUCGGGCUUGCUUGCAUCUCGGCACACAAAGGUGAAGUCAGCAGAUGUAAGAGAUAUGCCAUGCAGGCACUGGACUUGAGGUUGCAGACUUCCAGUGAUGACCCCGCGGCAGAUCAUGCCCUGCUUGAUUACCUUCUCACUGUGAAGAUGAUACUAGCCGAAUAUGGCACGAGUGAGGAGGUAGAGCAGCUGCUUGUUGACUACGGAUACAUCUUGGAAGCUUCCAAGAAGUGGGAGCUUCGUCCAGAGGAAGCACUGGCGUGA